AUGGAGCAGAGCAAUCACACUAUUGUAUCAUAUUUCAUUAUUAAAGGACUUACUGAUGAUCCCGAGCUUCAGGCUCCAAUCUUCGUUCUGAUUCUAUUUAUUUAUCUUAUUUGUCUUGGAGGUAAUAUAAUGAUUCUUCUACUUGUCUCUUUAGAUCCUCAGCUCCAAACUCCCAUGUAUUUUUUCUUGGGUAACUUAUCCCUCCUUGACAUAUGCUCCACCACCGUCACUCUACAUAAGAUCCUGUUUAUUUUUAUAUCAGGAGAUAAUACAAUGUCUUUCUUUUGCUGUAUAACACAGAUGUAUAUGUUUAUAUCUCUGCAAGGUGAUGUCCUGUUAAUACUGACUGUGAUGGGUUAUGAUCGAUAUGUGGCUAUCUGCCGUCCCUUGCAUUACCAAAUGGUCAUGAACCGUAGAGUAUGUGUUGGGUUGGCCACCAUCUGCUGGGUUAUCGGUUACAUAGAGAUCACACCUACACUUUUAGCAGUAUUAAGGUUCACAUGCUAUAAAUCUAACAUAAUAAAUCAGUUUUUCUGUGAUGUGAUUCCAUUGAAGAAACUUUCCUGCAGUGACACUACUUUUUUAGAGCUUUAUAUACUUAUUGAAGGAGGUUUUAUUGCAUGUUUAGUUCCACUUAUUCUCACUUUUGUCUCUUAUGUUUACAUUAUAAAUGCCAUCAUGAGGAUCUGUUCCAGUACUGGAAGACGUAAAGCCUUCUACACAUGUUCCUCACAUCUCACAGUAGUUAUCCUUCUUUAUACAACGAUCUUCUGGCAGUAUCUGACACCAGAGUCAAUGGAUACUUUAGCAUCUAAAAAACUUUUUUCCCUCUUUAACACAGCUGUUGUCCCUAUACUAAACCCACUGAUUUACAGCUUAAAGAACAAAGAUGUCAAAUCAUCUCUAAGACACAUGUUGAAGUCUUGUAAGGUUAAUGUUUAA